AUGUCUUCACCUCAGGAAGAACAGAAUAGUGAAAUUGAGGUGCUAGCCUCUAUCUACGAGGGCAGUUUUCGUCAACUUUCUCCUAAUCCACCUCAUCACUUCGAGAUUGACGUCAAAGGACAUGCUACGGAUAAUCCGGAAACUGCGGUUACAUGUACGCUCUUUUUCAAAUAUUCCCCCAAAUACCCGUUGGAAGCUCCUCUUUUUGAGAUCCGUCGUCCAAUAGGACUGUCAGAUGAUCAAAACUUCGAACUUGUUAUACUUAUUUCCGACGUCAUUCAGCGGUCAAUUGGCACGGUGAUGAUCUUUGACAUUGUCUCAGAGGUUCAGCAGAAGUUGGAUGAAUUCUCAGAUGAAGCUAUCAAUCAGGUAAAGGCGCAAAAGGAGAAGAAUGCACGCCUAAAGUCUCUGGCUGAAGCUGAGGCAGAAAAGCGAGUAUUUUCGGGUACCCGUGUGACCGUGGAAUCAUUUAACAAUUGGAAUCGAAAUUUUAUGGCAGAAAUGAAAGCAAAGAAAGAGGCCGAAGAAGAGAAGAACAAGAAGCUACCUGGCGGUCAGACUGCUGUCUCUGUGAAACGGCUAACUGGCCGUGAAAUGUUCCUCCGUGAUAACCAGUUUGAUGAUUCAGAUCUGACAUUCCUGGCACAGGAAGGAGGCGAGAUUGUCGAGGUUGACGAGAAGCUCUUUGUUGAUAUUGGUGAUAUUGAUCUUGAUGAUCUGGAGGACGAUGAGUUGGAAGCCAAAGACCAACCCGCUGCUGCCACUACCUAG